AUGGCCGACGACCUCGAUUCCAUUGUCAAGGGCGCAUCUCUCCCGUCACAGGGUGCCAAGGAUGCCGCUGGUACGAGCCCAAUCAUCGCCUCCUCCGGCAAACAUGGCGAUCCCCUCAAUCACACACCGAGCUCGCCCUCCAUGAUAUACCUGAAUCUACUCAUCCUCGAGGCGUCUUUGCGAGCACAGUUCCUCGAGCUACGUGCGAGAAAACGCCACCAUACCUUCUUUCUGACCCUCCUGACCUUGUGGAUUGCCCUCUUCGGCUAUGCCCUGUUCUUCGCCCCCCGAGAGGAUGGACGAGGUGUCGGCGGCUCCAUUUACUGGGCAGUCGAGGGUGCCGAGAAGGUGUGUCUGAUGGGUGGCAUAAUUACCGCCGUGCUCGUGUGGGCAACCGGAAUCUGGGACCGCGGAAUUCGAUGGCCGCGACGCUGGUUUGCCAUCUCGAACCGAGGGCUACGAGGCUUCAACUGCAAACUUGUCAUAAUACGGCGGCCGCUGUGGUCCGAAGCGCUCUCGACGAUUGGCUUUUUCCUAACCUACGGCCUCUUCUCGCACACCGCCAGCUCAUCUUAUCGAUACGUUGAGCCGAGUCUGCUGCGCGAUGUUGACAAGGAUCUUCAACUCUCCAACGAAAAUCAUCCCACUCUGGUACUACCACACGAUGAUGAGGAACGAGCAGGACAUGAGGAAGACCUUGCACCUGGAGGUGACUACGUAAAGCUGCUCUUGCUGGCCAAACCAUUCUCCGCAAACUUCAGAGAGAACUGGGAGCUGUAUCGCACCGAAUACUGGGAGAAGGAGAACGAACGCCGUGCCCUGCUGCGCCAAAAGGUCAAGGAGCGAGAUCGCCAGCUUGCCAAGCAGCAGUAUGGAUGGUUUUGGUGGCUCCCGUGGCGGCAUCCUCAACACCGACGACCCGACCUGGAGAAGAGCGCGCAUCCUCCGCGCCAUUUGGUAGUUGAGAAAGAGCGCAGACGCCGCGGCAGCAGUGUCCGCCGGGCAUCUAUGAGCUCGACCAGGAGCCAGACACCAACAAUUGAGGGCGAGGAUCAACCAGUCAAUCGCCGGCCCAGCAGUGGCUCACUCUCUGGACGUCGGAAGAAGCUUUCGACGAGCUCCAAACCAAAACGGCCUGUGAACGAAUCGCGGUCUGUAACGCCAGAGAUUCCGUCGCCUCUGGCUCGAGAAAGAAGUGUUACGGUAUUAGAGCGAAAGCGAAAGCAGCCUUAGUAGCAAUGAUGAAUACACCGUGACUCAUACUACGUGAUGGAUAGCCAUGUGAUGUCAGAUUGCUCAGUCACCCGGAAAUCGUUGCCGAUUUGCAGUUGGAUUUAUUCCCAGCUAGGAAGCUGGGAUAAACUCCAUUGAGUCACACAUGCUGCAGGGGAUGCGAUUGGGCUUUCCGUCGAUUGUCCGUACGUAUCAUGGUCCAACCGGCUCUAUUGUAUUAUCUAUAUUUAUAUUUUAUAAAUUCUUUCAUUAGGC